UUGAAACAGGAAGAGUACCUGCUUGGGGCGUUGCAGUACCACCUACGCCUCACUAAAUGGUCUAACAUGCCAGCUAAGAAGGUCAUACCCAAUUUUCGCACACCUGGCCCUACAGAGGUGACUCAUAUGCUGGAUGGAGGUUAUGCGUUCUAUCAUUGCUUGGGAGGGUAUUCUGGAUACCUUUCCAUACCCAUUGGUUGAAAGCUCCAUGAACGUCAGGCUGAGGACGUUAAACAAGCGCUUCUUGGGAGGCAACCCAAGAAUGAAGUUGAUAUUAUGGAGUGGAGAGUGAAGAAGUUUGGUUGACAAGGACGAAGAAGUUUUCAAUUAAUCUUGUUGUUUAUGAAUGUUUAUCUUUAAUGUUGAAUAAGUUGUAUGGAUACGUUGUGGUUUGCUUGUAUGCUCUGGAUUGAUGUUUUUUGUUUGGAUAAUUUGUAUGAGAAUAAUGAUG